AUGGCUAUACAAAUCAGUCCUGACAAGCUGGAGCCAUCCACGUUCCCGAUACAGAAGGGUUCCCUGAUCCUCCUGAGGCAGAAAUGGGAAUCCAGUGAUUACCAGAAAAGUGAGUGUUGCCCUGGGGGCAGUCGUUGCAGGCUCUUUCAGCCUCCAGAAAAAAAAUUGCUCGAACCAAAAGGAGAAGUAGUGUCAGCACCUGGACCUGCAGAUCCCCCUAAUCAGCCCCACGGUGUAGAAGAGACGUUGAACACAGAGCCUGAUGGGAAGGGCCCUGAGGACAAGAGUGACAACUCCGGGGAAUUUGGCUGGCCUGAAGUGCUGAAGGAGGAUUCCUUGACUGGUCGGCGCAGGAUCGAACGCUUCUCCAUUGCCCUUGAUGAGCUGAGAAGUGUGUUUGAGGCUCCUAGGAGUGCAAACAGACCAGCCGAGCUCUGCCAAAAGGAAGUGGAAAGUGAGAGAAGUUUACGUUCACCAACAUUUAAGAGUCACCCUGGGACCCAGUCUGAUGAUUCUGUGAAUGAUUCAGACAAGAAAGGCAAGGAAACAUCUUUUGACAAGAUGUCACCUGAAAGUGGUCACGGCCACAUCUUUGAAGUGACUGUUGGCCCUGAUAAGCCUGCGAGUGGAUUUGCAGAAGACGGUGGUGCCCAGAGCGAGGGCGUGUCCGACCUCCAGGAAGUGGUGUCCUUGAAGGAGCGGAUGGAGAGGUACCAGGCAGCUGUCUCCAGGGGUGACUGCCGCAGCUUCUCCGCCAAUGUGAUGGAGGAAUCCAGAAUGUGCACAGUGCCUGGUGGUUUGGCCAGAGUGAAGAAACAAUUUGAGAAGGACAAAUUUGCUUCUUCUUGUAACACCUUGUCUCAGUACCACAACAGAUCUGAGCAGUGGCUCAAGUGGGAAGGAGCAGAAGGAGCUCCAAAAGUUUUGGAAGUCAUCAGUGCAAUACAGCACUUAGGCAAUUGCUUUUAUGUGAAAAUGGCUGCACGGAAUCCGUGUCAAGAGGGUGAAGUAUUCCGGACCUUCACCCCCUGCAGCCACCUCUCACGUGGACCAAGGGAAGCUGCGAGACAUUACCCAAUUCCUUAUGAAUUUGCAGUGUAUAUAUGGAAUGUUAAACAUUUUUUUUUCUUUUUUUUUCUUUUUGGCAGUUUGGGAAAUUAUGCAUCACUUCAUGGACAAAUAUAUUGUAAACCUCACUUUAACCAACUUUUCAAAUCUAAAGGGAAUUAUGAUGAAGGUUUUGGACACAAACAACAUAAAGAUCGAUGGAAUUGCAAAAAUCAAAGCAGCUCAGUGGACUUUACUCCUAAUGAAAAAACAAAUAUGUGUAAAAAUAGUGCAGAAAACGCCACCAUACUUGGGGAUCCUAAUAAACAUUUAGAUGAUGGUAACAGUAAAGGGCAAAGAGAUGAUUUGAGAAAAUUCAGGGAGAGGGGAAAAUUAAAAAUCAUUUGGCCCCCUUCCAGGGAGAUGCCUAAGAAAACCUUCCCCCUUGAGGAAGAGCUCAAAGUGAGUAAACCUAAAUGGCCACCAGAAAUGACAGUCGCUACAUCCACUGAAUUCAAAAGUGAAUCACUAAUAGAACACAUUAAAACUCUGGAAAAUAAAGGACUAGGGCAAGAUAACGUUUCUUUCCUGCAGCCAUAUCUGCAGUCCAUCCAUACAUGUCAGAAGGAGGAUGUUACAGGAAUCAAAGAAAUGGAAAUGUAUGAAGCAAAUAAAGAUGAGAAGAAGGAAGGAAAUAAGAAUGUGCAAGAUAAGCUGAAUGAGGCUGAAGACACAAAGAAUAAAAGGGAAAGUGAAAUGGAUCUUAAUGACAACAAUAAUGUAGUUGUGCAGAGUGCUGAGAAGGAGAAAAAUGAAAAAACUAAUGAACCUGAUGGUGCAGAAGUUUUACAGGUUACUAACACUGAUGAUGAGGCGGUGACAGAAAAUCGUAAAGAGAAUUUGAAUAAGAAUAAUAAUAACAAUUAUGUGGCCGUCUUGUGUCUGAAUAAUUGCAGGCAGAAGACAUCUAUUUUAGAAUUUCCUAACCUAUUACCACUGUCAAGGGAAGCAAACUACACUGCAACUGAAUAUCAAAUUGAAAAUUUAGAAAGUGCAUCUAGAAUCUCAGAGUUACUUGGCAUAUUUGAAUCUGAAAAGGCAUACUCUAUGGCUCUCGGAAAACAGGCUGACAGAGCUAUUUCUGGCAGUCCCAUGCAGUCUGCUCCCAAACCCAGCCUCAGUGGUGGGUUAAUAGUAAGGGAAGAAAGGUCCAUAGCCUCUUCCGAUACAAAUAUCUUAAACAUCAAAAGAAACCAUGCAAAUAACAAAAACCUACACUUCUUCUUUUCUAAUACCAUGAAAAUCGCUGCUUUUUCCAAAAAGAAUGAGAAUACUUCUGAGCAUGACUUCAUAGGUUCUGUAGACCAAAUGAAAAAUAUGCAAUGUUUGUAUUUAAGAGAAUUUGGGAAGGAUGUCAAACAUUGGCAUGGUGAAGCAAUAGGUACAGCCCCCAUUAAUGGGAAUCCAAGUUUUGGUGCUCUGAGCAGUGAAUGUGCAGCUAAGCCUUCAUUUCCCAGAGCGGAGGUCCAGUCUGAACAACUCACUGUGGAAGAGCAAAUUAAAAGGAAUAGGUGUUACAGUGACCCUGAGUAAAACAUCUCUUGAGGGCCACUUGUCAUCCACACUCAGGCACUGAGAAACAUCGAUGUCUCGAAAUAAGACUAGAGAUUUUGAUAACCUUUUGUUGAACUUGUUGUAAACUUGAUGUUCAGAAAUUUCAUGUCUAUCACAACAGGAUUUUCCUUCUGUUAAGCUAUACAAUGUGUUCCAUAAUCAGUUUGAAUCUACUUGUAUUCUGAAUGGAAUGAAAAGAUGAAACAAUAUGGCUCUGUUUUCCUGUCAUAUGGCACUUAAGGAUAUUGCUCUGUUUUUCAACAUGCUGGAUAAUGGAUAACAUCACUGGCAAGAUGCUGUACUUCUGAUACCACAAUUCUUAUACCUUCUCUAUAAUUUCUGCUGAAAUAAAAUGAAAUCACCUGGAGUGCGAACCAAAA